CGUCGGCUGCACCUAACCUCAACCUCUGUCAGUGUCAAGUUUCAUGUUUCAUUCUUUUAUUUUGGAUAGUUUUGCUUUUAUUAUGUGUCGACAAUGUUUUGAUAGUGCUAACUUAACUGCUAAGUUAGUGCUUUGAAUUGCAUUUUCUAUCUGCACACUUAGGCUGAUACUCUUAACCUAUACAAAAAUGAAAAAUCCAAUAUUGAAUGUGAGCAAUGUACAAAGUGACAAUUUAUUCGAAAUGAAAUUGGACAAUGUAAAGCAUUUGUCUCAUAUUCUCAAAGUACUCAAUUUUAAAGAGAUGGCCACCUGUUUCGUGUCAGAAAAUGGAUUAAAAAUUGUGGUAGAAGACGCCAAAUGUGUUCAAGUCAGUGCUUUUAUUGGAGAAGAUGUGUUUCAGGAGUUUCACGUUACAGAGGAGGUGACAUUUAAGGUAGAUCUCAAUGUUCUUCUCGACUGUUUGUCAAUGUUCGACAACUGCAGCACUGUCCCAGGAGCGACCGCAGCUCUCAAGAUGUUCUGCACUCAUCAAGGAGCACCUCUCAAACUACUGCUUGAAGAGGAAGGUGUUAUUACCGACUGUUCACUGAAGACUUUGGAACCCGACGAGAUUCUAGACUUUGAUUUUCCCGCUAGCAAUGUAGUCAACAAAGUGAUUCUUCAGUCGGCCCAGUUCAAGGAUGUAUUCAACGAGUUGGAUCCAACAUCUGAAUGUGUCGAACUGCUCCUCAGUCCCGAUGCUCCUUAUUUCCAGCUGACUACUAAAGGUUUAGCGGGGGACUGUCAGGUUCACAUUCUGCAUACAAGUGAAAUGAUAGAAGCCUUUCAGUGCACCAAAGAAAUCAGAUCUAGGUAUAGGUUCAGUCAGAUUCGGCCUGCCAUGAAGCCGUUGGCAAUCUCAGUGAAAGUCUCUGUACGAACAGAUGACGUGGGACUGCUCUGUCUACAAUUCAUGAUUCAGACGGAAGCCAAACAGCUGUGUUACAUAGAGUAUUACUGUACACCAGUUGUUGACGAUGUCUGAGUCGCCUUUGUUGGAAUGAAAAAUGCCUCUAUGAUGGCUAUCCACCUUCACUCCAUAUUGGAGUCCUGUGAAUCUUUUGUACAUUUAUAUUGUUUUUAA